UCCUCCGAGGUGGAUAUGGAAUUUUCUUAUACACCCCACAACAAUCCAAGCUCAACUUUUCAAACAAAGCUUUAAUUCCAAAGAAAAAUCCUCCUCACAGAAAUUAUAUUUCUACAUUGCCAUCACUGGUAAUCUCAUAAUAGUGAGAAAGGAGUCUCUCUUCACCCACAAUUCUAUGUAAGUUACGAGUAAGUGUUCGACAAAGUUCACCACGAGUACCGUAGCAAUUGCAUACAUACGUGUAGCAGCGUGAGUAAAUUAAUAACAAAAUGCGCUCAUAAAGUUUACCGUAAACUUAGAUGAGAGCCAUUUUUCGUUUCAUUUAUCAGCCACCUGGGAAAUAAACACGACAAACUUAGCUGUGUAUAUCAAUUGAUAAACGGUAAAACGCGCAUAAUUUGCUGGGACUUAAGAGGAAAUAAAAAAGUUGCGCGCAAUGGAUGAGACCUCAGGAUCAAAACGUAAACGCAAGCGGAUUAAUCCCACACACGUCUGGACAGACCUUCAAACGCAAGUGCUUCUCCAAGCUGUAUGUGAUGCAGUCAGAGACCAACCUGAAACCUUUGAGAAACCGACAUCAGAGGCUUUUUACAAUAAAAUCAAGGAAAGCACACUCUGUCUAGAAUCGAUCGGCUGGAUGUCUUUAAAAUGCAAAAUGCGGCACCUGAAAGUGAAAUACUUAGACGCUGUUGAUUGGAAAGAAAAAAACGUCGGCUCUCAGUUGUUGACCAACGGAAAAGAGCAAAGUGUCAUGGAGUAUAUUAAUAAAAUAUCACCCUAUUGGGAUAUACUCAGUGAUAUUUUUAGACACAGCAAAAUCGUAAGCCCAGGCAUUGUAUAUGAGGGUGCUAAUGACGACAUUGACACCACGAACGCAGAGGUACGCAAUAUGUGCGAUAGUAAUCCCUAUGAUUCGGGUGAUGGUGAGUUGGAAUUAAAAUUUCAGCCUGGUACUCCACAGCCCUCAACUUCGCAGAGCUCAUAUGAUUUAUCACAUACGAAAGGCCAACAGAAGUCAUUACAUACACAAACAUCGAGGCAGAGUCCGAUAGAUAUUACAAGUACAAAAAACAUAAAACAUAGGCAUAUAAAGAAAAAGUCUGCAUGUGCGCACAAAUUUCAGUGCUUGCGGUUAAUUGAAAAAAAGAAAAUAGCAUUGGAAAAAGAGAAAUUAGAAUUUGAAAAAGAAAAGUUACAGAAUGAAUUUGAGCUUAGAAAAAUUGAAUUACAAAAUGAAUUUGAGUUGAAAAAAUUUGAAAUUGGAACACGCAUAGAAUCCGAUGAGAGAAUAAAAAAAUAUGAAAUUGACUUAAAAUAUAAGUAACACACACAAACAUAGAUACGCACAUAUACACAUACAUUUGUAUAUAUACAUAGCAUUAAUUCCAAUCAUAGUAAGAUUACAUUGCCGACAUUGUUUCUUAGAAGUAAAAUUUGUGAGUUUAUUUUCAUUGAAUAAUAAAUUUGUUAGUUUCUAAA